CUUAGUCAUGUCUGGUCGCGGCAAAGGCGGGAAGGGCCUGGGCAAGGGCGGCGCCAAGCGCCACCGCAAAGUCCUGCGCGACAACAUCCAGGGCAUCACCAAGCCCGCCAUCCGCCGCCUGGCUCGGCGCGGCGGCGUCAAGCGCAUCUCCGGCCUCAUCUACGAGGAGACCCGCGGGGUGCUGAAGGUCUUCCUGGAGAACGUGAUCCGCGACGCCGUCACCUACACGGAGCACGCCAAGCGCAAGACCGUCACCGCCAUGGACGUGGUCUACGCGCUCAAGCGCCAGGGACGCACGCUCUACGGCUUCGGCGGCUGAGCUGCACUUAAAACGUUUAACUUCUCAAAACCAAAGGCCCUUUUCAGGGCCGCCCACUUUCUCAGUAAAAGGGCGGACAUUUUAUGCGUUUCCUCGUGUUAAGCAGUUUCACUAGUGCUAAAAUUAGGCAGUGCUUAUAAUAUGAUGAUCUAGUGUUUAGUUUAGGUUUGCUGUGAUUCAGAAAUAUUGCAUACAUCCUGCAAAAACGAUAUAUUGUUACUUGGUGUGUUCCCUACAUUUAGAUGGCGCGAGGUGCACGGACAUGGCGAACCGGGGGACAAAGGCGCAGGGCGGUGGCUGAGCGCACAGCCUGGACUGUGGUUGAUCGGUUCUUUGAGCUUCUGUGCUGAGUGCUGAAACCAGGCUUGAAGCCUGCCUUGAGUGUGCUGGAGACCCCCACGACGUUCGGCGUCUUUUCUUCUGGCACACUUAUGGUGGAUGACGUGUUCGCUUAAGGGAAGGAUUUUCAAAACUGGUCGUCAGAUACAAUAUGAAGCCAUGGGUAGUUUUACUGU